AUGGCUUCAAACAUUCCGAUCGAUUUGAAUGAACCUUCUUACGACGUAGAAGGUGCAGUCUCGAGAGGUUCCCAAAACAUUGUAAUCGAGCUAAAUGCCGAUGAAAGCUUGGAAAUUGGAUACUCAAGGUCCGAAUCAUCUGUGGAAGAGAUAGUUAGCCAACAAGCCAAUGGUGGAGAAGAAAAUAAUGACAUUGAAGGGGUACUUCAAGGGCAUGUAAUAUCCGGUGGACAAGAGAUUUUCAACGAGUUUGACGGACGCAAUGGUGAAACAAGGGAAACAAGCCAAGAAAAUGUUCAAGGGAAAAAGAAUAGGAUCCUAACUGACGUUGAAUGGUGA